UUUUGCUUUUUUGUCUUUUGCAAACGAAAAGCUGUCUCUCUGUUUCACAUUUUUUCUCAGGCAAAGACCCUUCAUCAAGUGAACUUGGCAUUGUCUUCUUGAGUUGAAAGACUUGAAACGGUUAGGCUCUCCUCACUUGUACACUCAAAACCCAAAUGCCCCUCUUGGUGCUUCUGUGAUCAUUGAAGAAGAAGCAGCUCUCUUGAAGUCUAGUUCACUGGGAGGACUUCUCUAUUUUUUUGGCCAUGGAAGCAUCAACUUCUUCUGAGGCUAACUUUCAGAUUCCAGCCAUAUCCCGCAUACCACUUUCUGUUCCAUCUGGAUAUGAAGUUGACUUAGCGAUCUCAGGGUUUACAAGUUUUUUGCAAUCUGACGCCGGAUCAAAAGUCGGUUCACUUCCAUUGAUUUCAAGCCUUGAUGGUCAAGGAAAGCUGCAAUCUGUUGAAGGAAUGACUAUUCAAAAAGCUUUUGAAUUGAUGAACAGAGUCAAGCCCAUUCAGGAUUUGGUCAAGCGUAUAGUAACUAAAGCAGAGAUGUGGAAUGUUUUCAUAAACAGUAAUGAAGUUAAGGAAUUCGAGCGGCAGCUGCAGACAGGUGCCAAUGGACCAGAGGCAAUAACAAGCAGCAACCCGCAGACACAGGGCAUUAGCUAUAGUCAGCAUCAGUCGUCAGGUGCCAACAUCGUAGUGACAAAUCUCAGCACCACCCAGCAGACGCACAACAAUCUCUCGAGUCAGCUUCGGUCAUCAGGUGCCAACAACGUAGUGAGAAACCCAAGCAUCAGCCCUCAGCUGCACAAUACCGUCUACAGUCAACAACAAUCAUCAGCUCAACAGGAAAGUUUUGAGCCUGGUGCGUGGGAAAAGUUCCAGGAAAGUUUUGAGCCUGGCGCAUGGGAAAAGAUCUUAUUGGAAUUCUUUAGGAUUGGGCAGACGAUAUUCAUGGCAUUCAAGUCCUUCUUUCAGAAAGAUGGAGGUGGAGGUGGAGGUGGAGGUGGAGGUGGCGGUGGAUGUGGACGUGGUGGAGGUGGAUGUGAACAGCCAAUUGACGAGUAUCUUGAAGUGGCAUUCCUCCUUUCCAUUGUGCUGAUGUUGGGUAUACGACUAAUUCGCUUCUGGGUCAUGCGAUGUUAGUAUACUACUACUGCUACACCGCCUUGUCAUUUGUUAUUCACAAGUCUGAGAAUGCAGAAACCAAACAAAGAGCUGGACACGGAAAUUAUAUAAUAGAGAGGAUUGUUUAGAAGUGGAUCCUUCUGUCCAUUCAUAUAUUUUGUUGUCCAAUUUUGUGUCUGAUUUCUGUGUUUUUGGACUUAUUUGCCGACGUGCGUGGCUGUGCUUUGUUGUCAUAAAACAGUAGACAGUUUUACCAAAGGGUGACAUGCACCUCUAAAACAUGAUGGUUUGUAAUUUUAUUAUGCCCUAAAUGCUUGGACUUUCUAGUGUGUUUAAAGUCCAUUGGGACUUAUUGCU